AGAUCAUGGCGGCACCUCUCGGACGGGACACCCUACCUGACCAGUGGUCGUAUGGAGUUUGCAGAGAUGGACGGGUCUUCUUCAUUAAUGAUAAAACUCAAAGUACUACUUGGCUGCAUCCACGCACUGGCGAACCUGUUAACUCGGGACACAUGAUACGUUCAGAUUUACCAAGAGGUUGGGAAGAGGGCUUCACGGAAGAAGGAGCCAGUUACUUUAUCAACCACAACUUGAGGACUACAUCAUUUCGGCAUCCUGUGACUGGACAGAUAUCCCCUGAAAACAUAGAAUACACACUACAGGACAGGAUAGAAUCCCGCAUGUCCAAGUCAGCAGCCCGUCAGAGAUCACCCAGCAUGGUCACAGAGUCCUCCAAGACCGUGACCUCAGCAGCAGUAGAUGCUUCCUCAGGGUCAAAGAGCUCCAGAGGUACGGGGAAAGUACACAGUUUUGGCAAGAGGGAUCAUGCUAUUAAAAGAAACCUCAAUAUCCCAGUGGUAGUGAGAGGCUGGCUGUAUAAACAGGACAGCUCUGGAAUGCGACUGUGGAAACGGAAAUGGUUUGUUUUGUCAGACUACUGCUUGUUUUACUACAAAGACAGCCGAGAGGAAACAGUACUUGGCAGCAUCCCCCUGCCCAGUUAUGUAAUUUCACCAGUUGAGCCUGAGGACCACAUAAACCGCAAAUAUGCUUUCAAGGCGAGCCAUACGGGAAUGCGCUCCUACAUUUACAAUAAGAACUCUGUGAUUGGCUCACAGGCAGAACACUGUGGGAUGCGGACAUAUUUCUUCAGUGCGGACACACAGGAGGACAUGAAUGGCUGGAUCCGGGCCAUGAACCAGGCUGCGCUGAUGCAGCAGAGUCACACUAUAAAGAGAGAGGUGGAGAAGCCAGAGAAAGCUGCACAAAAGGCAGUCCCACAGACCAACCACGUCCACAUUAACCAGAGCUCAUCUCAGCCAGAAAACGUUCACAGGACAGACAGAGGGGAACCUCAGAAUAAUGGUAUCAGACUGGCUCAUGGCGACGAGGCGAGGUAUGGAUUAGAGAUCCAGGGGAAAACCAGCCAGACAGCCCCACAGGAGAGAGUAGAGAGACUGUCUCCAGAUGCUGUUAAUGGUGCUGUCCACAAUAAUGGACAAAAGACUGUAAUCCAAGUGGCUCUGCCACCAGAACAAAAUGGCAAUCUUGUCUAUCAGAGGGGUUUCGUUACACGGGCAGACACUGAGAAGCAUGUGCAGAGGAAGAACACAUUGGCUCAGGUGGAGCAGUGGGUCAAAGUUCAAAAAGGAGACCCCCCCAAGAGUGCUCCCCCUGCUGAGUACCACCUCCCUCGGUGGACUCCUCCUUUAAAGCCCAAAUCAAGUACAGCAGAUGUCACCUAUCAGUCAUUGCCAAAGUCUCCCCGUCUACCCUGUGGCAGCAGCUCUCCUCCAGCAACAUGCAAUCUGCCCAGCGACUACAAGUACGCCCACGACCGGCUCAGCCACUUCCGCAUGUCCACUGACGAGCGAAUGGCCACCAAGGAGGGAAUGGUGUGGCAGCUGUAUGAAUGGCAGCAACGACAGCAGUUUCGUCACGGCAGCCCCACCGCGCCUAUUUACACUGGCCCAAACUUCACAGACUCCUCAUCUUUCAGAGUUACUGUAGAAAUGCCACGUUCCAUUUCUGUUCCUCCAUCGCCAUGUGAAGUCCCACCAUCAUCCUUCAAACCCCUGUCCCCACGCAGGCCACACACUCCUUCAGACAGACGCACAGUAAGGCCCUUGGACGAACUGGUACCAGGGGACAGCACAAGAUCAAGCUCCCCUGGACAUAUUUGUGCCCAUCUUUCUCAGACUUCCCAAAUAGAGAGAAGGUCCGUGCCAGCCAUGGGCUACAUCACACACACUGUCAGUGCUCCCAGCUUGCAUGGCAAAACGCCAGAGGAGCUGACUCUGCUCCUCAUUCAGCUUCGGAGGCACCAGGCCAAGAUGGCUGGUGCACAUAGCCCCAGCAAUGCAUUCGCUCACCUACAGCACCACCAGCACAACGGCCUUCUAGGCCCCAGCAUGCAGGCUGAUGAUACUUACAUACAACUGAAGAAGGACCUGGAGUAUCUAGAUCUGAAGGUCACUGGACGUGACAGUUUAAAAAAAGACAGAGCAUCGAGGCCUGUGAAAAUAGCAGAAAGUGAUGCUGAUGUGAAAUUAAGUCGACUGUGUGAGCAAGACAAGAUUCUACAGGAGCUAGAGGCCAGGAUACGCACUCUGAAAGAGGACAAGGACAAGUUGGAGUCUGUGCUGGAUGUUUCCCACCAGCAGAUGGAGGAGUACAAAGAUCAGCCGGCUCAUGCUGAGAAAAUUGCAUAUCAGCAGAAAUUACUACAAGAGGAUGUGGUCCAUAUCAGGGCAGAAAUAUCUCAAGUCUCCACAGAGAUGGAGAAUGCAUGGAAUGAGUACAGCCGGCUGGAGAAAGAUGUGGACUGGCUGAAGUCAGCCCUGCAGGGACAGAUGAACCGCUGUGAUCUUUCUCAGCAAGAGAAGGUCCAGAUCAGAAAGGAGCUUUGGAGGAUUGAGGAUGUUAUUGCAGGCCUCAGCAACAGUAAAGCCAACUACAAAGUCACCAUCUCCUCUGUUACCAACCCAGAGAGGAAAUUUGUGCCUUCGGUGUCAGUGUCAUCAGUGCCUUCUCUGUCUGGGAGUGCGUCUGCUAUGGAGAUGAGAUUGUCCCAGCAGCAGCAGCACAGCCCCCACCUCAGCCCCAGUAGCCACACCCCCACCAUUUGCUCUAGUCCCAGCCUGCAGCCAUUACACCACUCUACAGCCAUCAUCAGUGGGCCUAAAUGGAAUGAGGAAGACGUGCCUCCCAGACCUCCUCUACCUCAGCUCUACAGUCCUGAUGAGCAUCCCCCUGCUGUGCCUCCCUUGCCCCGGGAGACAACAGUUAUCAGACACACCUCUGUACGUGGCCUCAAACGACAGUCAGACGAACGUAAAAGGGACCGAGAGACUGGCCAGUACACAAACGGGGACGGGAAGGUGGAACUCAGGCCUUUCCUGAGUGAUCCAGAGCUCAUGGGAGCUGGAGAUGGCUCAAGUCACAUUAGUGUUGUAACAUCUGCGCAUGAUGGAGGUUACAAGACAUUACCUAGCAGAGGAAUGGCUGGAUCUUCACUUAGAUUAAAUCAGUCUUCAAGUAUCUCCUCAUAUGUGACUCUUAGAAGGGCAACGUCAGCAGCCGGCAUGAAGGAGAGACCAAAAAGUGCCUUGGAGCGUCUGUACUCUGUGGACCCGGCGCAGCAGCAGCAGCAGCAGCAGCAGCAGCAGCAGCAGCAAAAGGGGAAGAUGAGUGCUGAUGAGCAGCUAGAGAGGAUGAAGAGGCACCAGAAGGCCCUCGUCCGCCAGCGCAAACGCACCCUGAGUCACGGAGACCGCCACGCCUCUUCAUCGUCGCGCACAUCAUCCUCGCGUCCACUUUCAGCAGACUUGGGAUCAUGGAAGAGAGAGCAGGAGUUUGACCUGCAGUUGCUUGAGAGGGCGGUUCAGGGGGAGGAGGCUCAGGGAGUUAGGAGUGUCCAGGGGGAGGAAAGACCUCCAGAGCACAAAGAGAGACCCCGCUCACAUUCUGAUGAAUGGCUGACCUUCCGCUCCACAGCCACAACCCCCCCUCCCACCCAUGAGGUUGACCUAGAACCUCUGGACUAUGACCUGGACCUUAACAAGGAGCUGUCCAAACCUCAGAAAGUGUUGAUUCCAGAGCGCUACGUGGACUCAGAGCCUGAGGAGCCACUCAGUCCUCAGGAAGUGGAGGAUCGUCAUCGUAAGGUGGAGCGCAUCAAAAGCAUCUUGGCAAAGUCCAGUGUGCAAAACAUAGCGCCAGCGGUGUCUGCGGAGAAGCCGGAGGUGGGGCCAGUGGCGCUGGACUCAGCCCUGCAGGAACAGGAGAGGAUCAUCACCAUGUCCUAUGCUCUCGCCUCAGAGGCUUCGCUCAAGAGCAAACUCGUCGCAGUUCCUCCACAGGUUAACAUCCUUACACCUCCUCCCCCACCCCCUCCUCCGCCGCCUCCUCUUCCUCCUGUAUCUCUGGCGCCUCCUUCUCCUCUAAACAACGGGAUUCACUACACAUUUGUCUAA